GUCACUCACAGCGCCUGCCGCGCGUGCUCCGGGAACCUAAGGACCGCAGAGUGCUGCCCAAACUUCCGUGUUCUGCUGUCUAUCGGCAGCAGCAAGAGGAGGAGGAGGAGGCCAAGGCGCGGGAGGCCUCAGCAAGAUGUCCGUGAAGCCCGUGCCGCCCAAGCCCACGAAGCCCGGCGUCGUGAAGGUGUACCGCGCGCUCUACACGUUUGAACCCAGGACGCCCGACGAGCUGUACUUUGAGGAAGGAGACAUCCUGUACGUCACAGACACUAGUGACCCCAACUGGUGGAAGGGGACUUGCAAAGGCCGCUCUGGACUCGUGCCCAGCAACUACGUGUCGGAGCAGGCGGAGUCCAUAGACAACCCCCUGCAGGAGGCUGCCAAGAGAGGAAACGUAAGCUGGCUGCGAGAGUGCCUGGACAAUGGCGUGAGCGUCAAUGGCCUCGACAAGGCCGGCAACACGGCCAUCUACUGGGCGGCGCACGGAGGCCACAAGGAUGUCGUUGAGAUUCUACUCGGCCACCCCAACAUCGAGCUGAACCAUCAGAACAAGUUGGGAGACACGACCCUGCACGCGGCUGCAUGGAAGGGCUAUCCGGACAUCGUGGAGAUGCUGCUCACAAAAGGUGCGUUGACAGACGUCCGCAACAACGAGAAGAAGCUGGCCCUGGACAUGGCCACGGACCCCCAGAGUGCAUCGCUGCUCAAGCGGCGUUCCACUGUGACCACGGGGCGCACGAUCAGCCAAGACGACGACUACCUGGAUGACGAAGACUCGGAUUGAGCGCACGUGCCGGCCCGUGCCCUCGCGAGCACGCACGCUCCGCUGCGCCCGCCGGUGGCCGCCACCUGUGCAUCUUCCAUUCCCCAGCAAAUCGCUAACUUUUUAAUUUUUUUAAUUAAUUUUCUACAAUACUGUAUAUUUUAUUUGGAUUAAAAUGAUUGUCUUUAGACAUUAACAUUCCGGGAGACACGGGAGGGGGGCUGAGAGUUUAUGGGAAAAGAGGGGUCAGUCCAUCCGGUUCCGGAUCGCUCGUGGGCCGCGAGAUCGCGUGCCCGCAGACACCCCGUCUGAAACUUGAAUGUUUGUCCACUGGAAACACCGCGGGGAAGAGCGGGGACGCGCAACGCUUGAGCCCUCUCGGCCCCGCCACUCAUUGGGGGCUUGGGAGCAGUGUUAUUGUGGAGGGAGGCUCGCGGCGCGUCCCACCUCCCACGAGCUCGGCUGCCACGGCCAUCCGGCAUCCCCCGCGCCCCCAACGCUAUUGUGCAUCCGUGACCAAGGGAAGGGUCAAAGGUGUCGUAAUCUGCUUGAGCCCCGAAUUGGCGAAAGUAUACGGUGGCAGAGCUGCACUGUAGGACUAAAUUCACCGUGAUGAGACGAAAAAUGUACACAUUUGCGAUUUCCCCCAUUUCACCAAAAUUCACAUUUAAAGGAACAAUGACCACCCUGCAAGCAAAUCGGGGUUGGUAAAUAAUUUAAAUCUAACACCAGUUGGUAACUGUCACGUUUGGCAUUGGGAUGGCACACUGUUACAAGGUGUUAACACUGGCCAAUCAGACCCGAAACUCUAGCCCCAUCCCUAACCGUGCUCGCCAGUCAGAGCUCAACCCAGAACCCCAACACUGCUUCAUCCAGCCCCCACGUGCUUCUCCCCGCUUUUUAUUCACUUUUCAUCGCUUAUAACUUCUGAAAUAAUUUCUAAAAUCGUUAAACUCUCGUUUAUUGAGAAGAACUGGGGCAGAAACUGGAAGGUCAGUGUUUAUACCCUUAUGCAGAUUAUUACCAAAGUACUCUUCCGUUCUCUUUGGGUCUUUCGGUAAAGUCACGUGUGGGGGAGUGAUCCAUGUCUCCCGUGUGUACAUGUCUGUAUACUGUGCACACACUUUGUCUGGCAUGAGUGAGGUUUGUGUGCGUGUCCUGCGAGUGUGUGAUCUGUGGAGUCUGCUGUGCGUUCACGUCCGUGCCGAGCGUGCGAUUAAUGCACCCCCUCGCUCCUGCUCGGGUAACUUUUCUACAUUCGUGUUAAAAAAUGGUCUAUGGCUGCACUGAUCAGCUCACCUCUUGCCUUCCCUGUGGUAACCACGUGCCAUGGAGAUGGCUGGUGAUAUUUUCUGCGUCGACAAUCAGCCGUGCUGUGCGUUAAUUCCCAGCACGGCCACCGAUUGCCUAACACGUUGGUGGUGAGCGUUGUUGACGACGACGACGAUGAAUGUUCGGUGAAGUCAAAUUGCACGAUAACCGGGGGGGCCUCCCUUGCCGCUUGCCACACACCGCCGGUGUUUAUGUAAUCGUUGCUCCAGAAUUCUGCCCUCGGUGCAAAGUGCCCUGUGACAAAGUGGCACUUGUAAUUAUUGCCACGGGUGGAGCUUUUAAACGAGCGGCAGUUUGCAGUCGGCGCAGACUUUCCGUCGCCGGUAAUUCGACCGCUGUAUGGAUGUUGGAUCCAUUGUGGCGCUCCUCCCACCUGCCCACGCCGCUGACAUUCACUUGGUGUGCUGCAGGUGAUGCACCUGCUGCUCGUGCCCCACCUCCGGUUGGCUGGCCUUUUGUCACACGUGGUGGUACUAAAGCGGGGGGGGGGGGGGGGGGCGUAAUGACCCCCUCCGCCACCCACGUCUUGCGAGUUGAUUGAUCCCUGUGUUCAUCUUGGUGUCUGUGUUACUCCCACUUUGGCUGUUACCCAAGGCCACCCGCCCCGCGCGCCUCUCGAUUCUGAAUAAAAACAUUCGUAAUUAA